UUUAUGCUCCCCUCUGGUUUGUUCGCGCUCCGGAGCGUUGUGUCAGGAUCGAAGUGACUGGACCGAGAAGAUCCGAGAGGAGGGCCUGUCCCCGCAACACAGAGGCAGGUCUGAGGCUAGGCGACGCCGCCCGGGGUAUCGCGCGCCAAGCUCGGGAGAGUGACCGCCGUGCCCGCGUCUCGCCUCAUCUCCCGCAGCUCCCGGGCCCGCUCCGUCCACCGAGUCCGAUGGCGACGGCGGCGCUGAGGGACCCGCCUGAGGUUGGUGUGACCUUUGAGGACAUUGCCCUGUACUUCUCCUGGGAGGAAUGGAAGCUCCUUGAUGAGGCUCAGAGACACCUGUACCAUGAUGUGAUGCUGGAGAACUUUGCACUUUUAUCUUCACUGGGUGUCUGGAGUGGAGAAGAGAAUGUUGAGGCAUCCUUUGAACAGAAUGUUUCUGUGGUAAUGUCACAGGUCAGGACUUCCAAGGAACCUUCAUCUUCCCAGAAGACUCACCCCUGUGAGAUGUGUGGUCCAAUCUUGAGAGACAUUUUCCAUUUGACUGAGCAGCAGGGAACACAACACAGCCAGAAACUGUUCAAGUGUAGGGCAUGUGCAAAAGGAUUUUAUUUCAGUGCAGACACUCAGCAGCACCAGGAGCAACACAUGCAAGAAAAACCGUUCAUAAUCGGUGUGGACAGGGCCUCAUUUGUGAAGAGCAGCAAUUUCCAUGUGUCAGGGGAGGCUUUUACCUGCAAGAAAGUUGCAGAGGACUUCCUAGCCACCUCAGGACAUCUGAAUCAACAGGCCAUUCACACUGGGGAAAAGCCAAACACAGUCACCCACUGCAUGGAAACUUUACAAAGCAGAAAAAGUCAUUGCACCAGGGGAGAAUGCAAGAAAGCCUUCAGCCCCAAACACACACUUGUUCAGGCCCAGAGUGUCUACACUGAAAGACAGUGUUUUAUGUGCAGUGAAUGUGGGAAAACAUUCAAGUAUAAAUCCUCAUUUGUUGUGCACCAGAGAAUUCACACUGGUGACAGGGUUUAUGACUGUGGCGACUGUGGAAAAUCUUUUAGGGGAAGCUCAGCCCUCAUUCAACAUCGAAGAAUUCAUACUGGGGCAAGGCAGUACAAGUGCAGCAAAUGUGGGAAAUCCUUUAGCCAAGAAUUUGUCUUCAUUUAUCCUCAGAGGAGUCACACUGGAGAAGAUUGCCACAUUUGCCAUCAGUGUGCACAAUCUUUUAGCCAUAGCUCCAUCUAUUUUCAACAACAGACAGUUCACACUGGAGAAAUGAGUUAUGAGUGCACUGAAUGUAGGAAGCCCUUUAGACGAAAAUCUGACCUCAUUGAACACUGGAGGGUUCACACAGGAGAAAGGCCUUAUGAGUGCAGUGAAUGUGGGAAAUCCUUUACUUCUAGCUCCGCCCUUCGUUAUCAUCAGAGAGUUCACACUGGAGAAAAGCCUUAUAAAUGUGGGGAAUGUGGGAAGUCUUUUACCUCUAGCUCUGGCCUACGUUAUCAUCAGAGAAUUCACACAGGAGAAAGGCCAUAUGAGUGUACUGAUUGUGGAAAGUCUUUUACCCAAAUAAAUCACCUCAUUAUACACCGAAGAGUUCACACAGGAGAAAGGCCUUAUGAGUGUAGUGAAUGUGGGAAAUCCUUUAGCCACAAAUCUUACCUGUCUCAACACCAGAGAGUUCACACUGGAGAAAGGCCUUAUGAAUGUAGUGAAUGUGGGAAAUCUUUUACCUCUGGUUCCGCCCUCUGUUAUCAUCAGAGAGUUCACACAGGAGAAAAACCUUAUGAGUGCAGUGAAUGUGGGAAAUCCUUUACCAAUGGACCGAUACUCAUUCGACACCGUAGAGUUCACACAGGAGAAAGGCCUUAUGAGUGCAGUGAAUGUGGGAAAUCCUUUACCCAAAGAAAUCAUCUCAACAUACACCAGAGAGUUCACACAGGAGAAAGACCUUAUGAGUGCAUUGAAUGUGGGAAAUCUUUUACCUCUGGUUCUGCCCUUCGUUAUCAUCAGAAAAUUCACAUUGGAGAAAGGCCUUAUGAGUGCAGUGAAUGUGAGAAAUCUUUUACCUCUAGCUCUGCCCUCCGUUGUCAUCAGAGAGUUCACACAGGAGAAAGGCCUUUUGACUGCAGUGAAUGUGGUAAAUCUUUUAGGGACAGUUCCCAAUUGAAUCAACACCAGAGAGUUCACACUGGAGAAAAGCCUUAUGAAUGUAGUGAUUGUGGGAGAUCCUUUAGCCAGAAUUCAUACCUCUCUAAACACCGGAGAGUUCACACUGGAGAAAGGCCUUAUGAGUGCAGUGAAUGUGAGAAAUCUUUUACUUCUGUCUCUGCCCUUGGUUAUCAUCAGAGAGUUCACACUGGAGAAAGGCCUUAUAAGUGCAGUGACUGUGGGAAAUCUUUUACCAAUAGCUCAAUACUGAUUCGCCAUCGGAGAGUUCACACAGGAGAAAGGCCUCAUGCAUGUAGUGACUGUGGAAAGUCCUUUACCCAAAGAAUUCACCUCAUAAUUCACCGGAGAGUUCACACAGGAGAAAGGCCUUAUGAGUGCAGUGAAUGUGGGAAAUCUUUUACCUCUCGUUCCACCCUUCAUUAUCAUCAGAGAGUUCACACAGGAGAAAAGCCUUAUGACUGCAGCGAAUGUGGGAAGUCUUUUAGCCGAAAAUCUAACCUCUCUCAGCACCAGCGAGUUCACACUGGAGAAAGGCCUUAAAUGUCUUGCGGGAUCUUAGUUUCCCAACCAGGCCUCAUCAGUGAAAGUGCAGAGUCCUAACUACUGGACUGCCAGGGAAUUCCCAUUUUUUUCAUUCUUACCAGCAGUGUAUGAGAGCUCCAUUUCUUCCACAUCCUGUUUCAUGAUGAGCAUUUCUUCAGAUCCAUAUUUGCUACCUCUGUAUCUUUAGUGAAAUGUUCAUAUCUUCUGCCUAUUCUGUGAAUUUUGGCUAUUUUCUUCCUUUCACAAAAGAACAGUGAAACAGCCAAGUUGUAUUGGAAUUUCACUCAUUUUGUGACUUUUUAAUUUAUGGAAUAAUUGUU